AUGAGGGCUACAAGAAGGAAAUACCCAGUGAGUGUACCCGUUCACAUGUUCAACGGCUUGUUUAGUGUUGCUGGACCUAUUAGCAAGUUCGUCGAAGUUAUGUUUUGUUUGACAAAGGACGCCAAAGUGCAAUCUGUUUGUCUCAAUGUGACUACUCUCUGCGACGCAGACGCAGUGAUAGGGUGGGAUUGGACGAGGAGAGAAGGUGUUAUUCUUGAUGGAAAGGAUAACACAGUGAAGUUUCCCAUUCUACCACCGCCAAGUUUGGCAAAGUUGGCUGCCAUAGGGCCACCAACUCCGACAGACGUGAUAGAUCUCCAAGACAAAGAUGACCAGGAUGAACUGAGUCCAGAGGAACAGGAGGAGUUGUAUCAGGUCGUUCCUGAACAAUUUCACUUGUUCAUGAUUGUGUUCAACCCGAGGAAGGGAGGUGAGGAAUUACCCCCUUUGAGGGAGUAUGAUUUGAAAUUUGAUCUGAAGGAGGGGGCAAACCUGAAGGUGGCUCCACUCUAUUCUCUUGGAGAAGAUCAGAAAAAUGUGCUGAGAGACAUACUAGAUCGUGAAAUAUUGGCUGGAAGGAUCCGACCCAGUAACUCGCCGUACGGAUCACCCAUGUUCUUGGUACCAAAAAAGAUAAAAGGCCAAUGGCGAAUGGUCAUUGACUACCAAAAGUUAAACGAAGUGACGGUACCGGACGCUUAUCCACUACCUCUGAUCGGCCAGAUAACCAAGGAGUUGGGAAAGGGGAGGUAUUUCAGCAAGCUAGAUCUCAUUGGAGCGUACCAGCUACGAAUAAAGGAAGGAUUCGAACACUUGACAGCGUUCAGGACCCAGUACAGUAUGUUCGAAUCCCUUGUGGUUUGUGAUGGUAUCCAAAAUGCUCCUGCUGUAUUCCAGCACUUUGUCACAAACUUCAGAGAGUUACUAGGAAAAGGAAUAGUGGUCUAUAUAGAUGAUAUACUCAUCUAUGGCCAAAGGUUGGAAGAACUGAGAGAAACUACGGCGAAGAUCAAACUUGUCUGUGAAAGCUAG